AGGCUCCAUCGUCAUGGGCUGUAGGGGCAUGCAAGUGCCCAUGCGUGACUGUUGAUUUACAAAAGUGUAGGUAAAUUAUGUGAAGUUAUCCUUUUUUUUUUUCCCCCCACGAGAAAAACGCAGCAAACUUACGAAGACACAACUGCUGAUCUCUCUGCAGUUCACUCCAUAAACACAACUGAGCUGUCACCACGUCGCUGCAAGGACCAUCGGGUUUAUGGAUCUGACUAUAUAGUGAGCUGGUGACCUUGUUGACGAAGUGACGGUCUCUUACUUCAGGACCAUGGACAUGGCACUGGCCUGGUUCCAGUCUCACCUGCCCUGCACACAUCCCAAUAAAGUUUGCUGAACAAGACUGCGUGGAGAGCCAUGCUGUCAGGUACUUGGCGCCGCUCUGUGGGGCAUCAGCAGCCUGCUGCAGCGCCUGCAGUGACUCCCAGAGGGAUGACGGUGUGCGGUGUCCCCAGCGGUACAGUGGUCCUGGAGGCCCAGUAUGACUACAACUACCGCGGUGCAGACGGAAGGCAGGUCUGCAUAAGAGAGGGUGAAAGGUUUGUUCUCCUGAAGAAGACCAACACUGACUGGUGGCAGGUGCGGAGGAUUGGGGCAGCCAGUAAAACAAAGCCACUGUACGUUCCUGCCACGUAUGUGACAGAGGUACCUAUUGCCCCAAUGCCCUCGCCCCAGCGCCUGGUCAUGUCUGCCUCGCUGAACACCAACCUCAGGAUACUGCCUCGGGUGUCACUCUCUCCCGGUCCAACAGGGACGACCUAUAAUGAACAGCGCCAAGUGAACAAACCCAUCUAUCGCUCUAUGGAAAACCUCAACUCCAGCAGUGCCUUCCAGGGGAUGGACAACAGCACCAGCCUGGGUGGAGGCCGCUUCCCCACCCUGCCACUCUCUGGGUUCACCUUUACCCCCAACUCGUCCACCUCCUCGUCAGGCCACCUCAUGGUCCCUGGGUCUUCUGCGGCUUCCACAGCCCAAAUGGCGCCACCGAACCCCAGGGUGGUCCCCAUGAUCACUCGGAGCCAGAGCUCCAGCAACCUGCCUGAAAACGUGAUGGAGAACCCAUACGAUGAGGUGGGCAGUGGCUUCAGCAGUGGCGUCAAUUACAAGAUCCCAAAGAAGUCUUGCAGCCAGUGGGACAUGGUGGGAGCUUCAAACAAGAAGAAUCAUCUGCAGGUCCCAACUGAGUCCUACCUGUCACAGCUGUCCUGGCAGGACUCCCCUCUUUAUACUGAAAUGCAGCCAGAGAAGCGUCAGUCACAGCUGGAGCCGCCCAACCCUGCUCCAGGUCAGCAGCCUCUUCAGAUCCUGGACCUGUGGGAGCAGUACUCUGACCAGGCUACAGGCAGGUGCUACUAUGUCAAUAGCAUCACCAAGGAGAGAUCCUGGAAACCCCCUCGCCGGGCCCGAGGUCAAACCACCAACAAGGCCAAUCAAGUACAUCCUCAGACGUUACCCAGGGACACCAGCCAUCUGUCACUACCGCUUUCUGAAGCUGGCAAUGGAACUAUGCACAGGCUGUCACCUGAUUUCCUCUUCGGGAGCCACCAGAGGAAUACCGACGGUGGCUGGCAGAUGAAACAGAGCAUGCAGCGUGCCGCCUCCUCUGACACCCUGAGCAUGAUGGCAUUCAGUAACACUGAUGCCCAGAAUCAUAACUCUGCCCCCCUGCAUGAUGUCAAGCAGCAGCUCAGCCACUCCCAGUCUAUGAUCCUGCCUGAGAACGGCAAGCUGGUCCAGCAGAGCAGAGAUUACUCCUGCAAUGUGACCAACAUCGUCGUGGAGCCUCCGUCUCCUGAGAGCUCUCCAGACAGUGACGGCUGCACACCGGAGCUGGAGAAGGCGGGCCUCUUGAACAAGACAAAGAUCGCAGAAGGUGGCAGAAAGCUGAGGAAAAAUUGGAGUCCUUCCUGGGUGGUAUUAGUCGGAAACAGUCUGGUUUUCUUCAAGGAUCCUAAAUCACAGACACCUUCCAGCUGGAAACCAGGAAAUAGUCGUCCUGAGAGCAGCGUAGAUCUGAGAGGAGCACAGCUGCACUGGGCCAACGACCUGUCCAGCAAGAAGAACGUCUUUAAGCUGAGGACAGUGACAGGAAAUGAGUUCCUGUUGCAGUCGGAGACCGACUCUCUGAUUAAAGAGUGGUACAACACAAUCCAGAACGUCAUCGACAGGCUGGAUCGUGAAAACCCGUUAGACAAUGUCCUCCUGUACUCUCUGAGGAGAGCGGGCAGUGUGGAGAUGCUGGACCACAGCGGUGACGAGGAUGACAGGAGAACGUCUCUCCCUCGCUCUUCAUCCAACCUGGAAAACACAGAGAGGAAAAGAGUGAAGACCAGACUGAAGAAGCUGAUCCUAAAGAGACCUCCUCUGCAGGCCCUGCAGGAGAAAGGGCUCAUUAAAGAUCAGGUGUUCGGCUGUCGUCUGGAGAUGCUCUGCGAGAGAGAGAAGAGCACCGUCCCUCGCUUCGUCAGGCUUUGUACCGAGGCUGUGGAGAGGAGAGGACUGGAUACUGACGGCAUCUACAGAGUCUCAGGAAACCUGGCAGUGAUUCAGAAACUACGCUUCUUGGUGAACCACGAGCGAGCGGUGACUACAGAUGGCCGCUACAUGUUCCCAGCGGAGUUGGUACAAGAGGAGAAGCUGAAUUUGGACGAGAGUGAGUGGGAGGACAUUCAUGUCAUCACAGGAGCUUUGAAACUUUUCUUUCGUGAGCUUCCCGAGCCUCUGGUGCCCUUCGGCUUCUUCACCGACAUCGUGGAGACAGUCAAGAUGUCAGACUACAUGGACAAAGUGGAUCGCUUGAAGUGUCUGGUGCUGAACAUGCCUCCUCCGAACCACGAUACGCUGCAGUUCAUGUGCCGCCAUCUCAAACGAGUGCUGGAACGUUCGGACACCAACAGAAUGACCACCCAGAACAUUGGCAUCGUGUUCGGGCCGACGCUGAUGCGCCCAGAGCGAGAUAACGGCAACAUGGCAGUGAAUAUGGUUUACCAGAACCAGGCGGUGGAGCUCAUCCUCAGCGAGUUUGACCACAUCUUCGGAACAAGAGGCCUCUCUUGAUCUUUUCAGAUGACGGGGGGGUGGAGGUGGGGGGGAGCCAGAUCAGACGAAAGCACAAGUAUUGCAGAAUUUGUCCUCUUUGCCUGUUGACUCAUAUGGUGUAAAAUGGAUUUCACAUCAAAAGAUAAUUACAGGAUAAAAAGAACCAGGACAGAAAGCUGCUAAUCAUGACAUCUGGCCUCCAUAUAAAGCCAUGUUAAAACAAUAAUAGUAAAACAAGCCAAUUUUAGCUGCAGUACUUGUGCCUUUGACUGCAGAUGUAGAGCCCAGCCCCUGUAUAGCUCGGUGCUGGGACAGACGCCUCCUUGUCACUUUUCCUUGAUGUUUCAGGAUAAAUAAAAAGCUAUAAAAGCGAUAAAUCUCAUUCAGCCUGUUCAGAUAGCUGCGUAUUAUUCAGUUCAUUGAUCAAGGAAUGCGAGGAGGGAUGUGUCUUAACGUAGCACUGAAACAAAACUUAGCAGAACCAUCUCACUGUGAAAACACAUGCACCAGCACCUCUGGCAACAAGGAUGGACAGAACCCACCUGCAGCAUUAGCAUGGACAGACUGUAGGUUUUCAAAUCAAGAAGGAAGCAAACUGGCUGUAAAUGUGCCCACAUCUUUACUGACAUUAGACAGCGAGUUUGAGGGUUUAUUCGAGAGAACUCUUAAGAGACAAAAGCAUGAUUUCAGUGAUGGGAUGAAUGUGCCAACGGGGCAGCAAAUGUACCUUUGUACCAAAUAGUACAUAGUAGUGUGUGGACCUUCAGAUCUUCCCUUAUUGUACAAAUUUGAAUCUUUCUCCUAUUUUUAUUAGUACAAAUUCCUCAUAUUAAGUUAAAAAUAUUAAGUUGUAAAUAUGUGAAAUACUGUCUUUGUCAAUUAGUAGCACUUUGCAUACAAUGUGUAACCUAAGCAUUCUAUAUUAGCCAAAUUCAAACGGAUAUGUUUGCUUUGCAAUGAACAAUGUGUUGCUAAAAUAUGACUUGGACCUGAUUGUUAAUUCUCCUGCAAUAAAAACAUGUGAACAAAACCGA